AAAGGGAGUAUAAAUUAUGAAUUAUUGAAAGAUAAUGUCAUCACUAACAAAUCAUAAUGAUAAACUCAUCUAAAAAAAAUCUCAUAGCCACCAUCUCUUCAAUAUUUACUAUAUGUAUAGUGAUGAUAUAUGUGACAUGCUAUGAAACGUUUCAACAAGAUGGAGAACCAUUUCCAACUAGAGGGCCUCUUACGACGAUCACGGUACGAAACAAUAAUGACUAUUUGCUUGGAAUCCACCGUAAAUCUAAAGAUGAUCUCGGUUUCCACGUUCUCAAAAAAGGUGAAUUAUAUGGUUGGAAAUUUCAUGUAAACGUACGAAAUUCAACACUUGUUUUCUGUGGAUUUAGCCAAGGACAACAUAAUAAAGGCGUGUCCGAGAUUUACAGGGCGAAAAGAGAUUUUUAUAGAUGUAGAAACUGUAUAUGGGAUGCAACAAAAGAUGGUCUUUAUGGUUAUAGCAACUUGCCUCAAAAAGUUAUAUGGUUUUUCAAGUGGUUAAAGUAG